UAGUGUUUUUAUUUCUAUAAAAUAUAAUAUGAUAUCCAAAAAAGGCGUAUUUAGAAGAGUUAUAAAAUUUGUUAGGAAGUUAUGUGCCAGACAAACUGAAAAAAAUGUUGUAGCCAAUUUCAAUACGCCUGAUGACAAUAUUGAUGCGAGUGGAGACUCAGCGUUAUUGAAAAAAAAAAAUCUGGUAGUGCAAUCCAACAGUAACACCGAUGAAAGGAGAGAUGUACCAGUAAAACGCGACAAUGGAAUAGAAACUAUGGCUGACAAAAUAACCGAUAUAAAGGAGUCAAUAAAACGCGAAAUUUUAGAUGACCCAAAAUUAGAAAUCAUUAUUCGAAAUCACAUUGAUGAUUUAAUGUCCGAAAUCGUUCAGGAAAUUGUUCAGAAAUAUUUAUUGGAAUCUUCCGAUUACUUGAUAAAAAAUAUUGAUGGUCAAGAAAAACGCAAGACGGACGAAAUAAAGAUAAACAAAACAUUAACCGAGUUAAAGGAUAUGCAGCAAAAUAAUGAUUUAAUUCCUUCUGCUCCACCACUUCCCCAAACUCUACCAACGCUACAAAAAGCAGAAAAUAAUAUUAAAAACAAAGGUAAGGUUUAUAGACCAGCAGGUCUACCAAAAAAUCUUAUAGAUGAAAUCAAACGCGGCGUGAAAUUGAAGCCGGUAAGUCCAAUGGUUAAAGUAUUAGAAAAAUCAAUUAUAGAUGACAAAAAUCUUCGAAGAUUGAACCCUUUUGAUAGUACUUAUAUCAUUCCUUCACCACCUCCUCAUACUCUACUAAUGCCACUAAAAUCAGAAAACAAUGUAAAAAGCAAAGGUAAGGUUUAUAGACCAGCAGCUCUACCAAAAAAUCUUAUAGAGGAAAUCAAACGCGGCGUGAAAUUGAAGCCGGUGAAGCCAGUAGUUUCAGUAAUAGAAAAUCCAAAAAUAAACGAAAAUGAUUUUGAAAGAAUGAACCCAUUAGGUAUUCCAAUGUUUCGUCGGGCAAGUAUGAUGUCGAGCAGUUCUAGCUCCGAUACGUCAUCGGAAUACUUUUCUCUAGAUGAAUGGGAUAACUAAAUAAAAAUUAAUCGAAAAGUAAAGCUUGAAUAAACAAUGGCAAGUGGUAAUUAAUAAGUCAACCGCUCCUGAGCAUAGUUAGUGUGUAAUCGAAGAGUCAUCAAGAUGAGCUGAGGUUACCGGUUUGUCUAAAACGAACAGACAACCGGAUCAUACCUUGACUUUGUACUUUCUAUGUUUUUAAAACCAAUUGCUAACAGUAAUGUUGGAGGUUUUUGAGAGAAAUUUUUUAAUUAAAAACUUAAUAUUAUUA